AUGGAAAAAGUCGAUACUGUUGAUGUGAGCUGGUUGCAUCAUUCUCAAAAAGACAAUCUCCUUCGAACCAGAUCUGCCCCUUCGGUUUUACCAAAUGUCCCAGAAGCGAUAUCGCCAGAACCACUGAUCCUUGCAAGCUCACUCCCGACGAAAAAUUACGAACCUGCCAAUGGCGUUUCAGAGGUCCCUACGUUAUUAACACCGCCGGUGAUGGAUCCGCGACAGACUCCGCCAAAGCAAAGGGAUGGAAUUUCGGAUGCGAUGGGGAAGAAUGAAUCUACUCCUUUGCUUGUUCCUGCAGCCUCGUCAGCCAAUGGAACUAUGGGAAAAUCUUCAAGCACAAAGCAACUUGCCCUCAGUCGACGCAAUUCGUGGAUAUCCACUUUAAGUCAGAAAUUCUCAUCGAGCGGAUCGGCCCCUCCGGCUCAAAGCAAUGGGAAAGAUGCCAACGCUAAGCAACCAGUCCAAAGCCCAGGAACAGAGCUCCCUAAUCCUUUCGGCGCAUCUUUCUCUCCCAAGGACAAGACCGACAAGCCAGAUGACACUCCGGCCCCCGUCGAUUCUCGUUCUCCAAGGAGCCAUCCUUCCUUCUUUCAUAAUGCCUUCCGCAAAUUUUCUUCGUCAUCAUCAUUACCUGCUGGUGGUGGGUUAGGAAAGAUCGCGACACAAGGAGUAAUUUCUGAACGGCGGAUUAUGAAUGUCGAUCAGCAUCGCGAUAGAUGCAAGAUCGCUGAACUAAAUGAGGCUAAGCUCCGACGUGUUGCCUUUUGUGUCGAUGUGGAAAUUGCGGGGACCUCCCGGAGGUCUGAAUCCGAAGUGGAAGCUCCAUCACAACAACCUACGGAAUCAACUUCUCCCCAGGCCCCGCAGCAAGCUCCUGCGAAGAAGAAAUCAACAAUGGUUGAUCAAAUCAGAGCUUUCAAGAGACAAGACUCUAAAGCAACGGGAAAGGCUGAAGACGUAACCCUUAAACCACUGGCUGGCGCUCAUGGCGGACCAUCCGAUGUAGCUCCGAGUACCGAUGCUGCAGAAACGUUACGGUCGGCUCCUGCUAAAGAAGGUGAAAAAGCUGUUGGUGUCAAGGAGCAAACAAGAAAGCAGGAGAAGAAGAAGAGGUCUGAAGAGGAGCGAAAAGAGCGCAAGGAGAGAAAGAGAAGGCAGGCGGAGGCGAAUGGAGCUAUCCCACUUCAAUUUACCCGUGACAAAGGACCAUCUUCUCUCCAUUCCACGCGAGGCCAGGACCAACCAACGACUGACCCUCUACGAAUAUAUCGCCGAUGCUGUCAACUACGGGAAACUGGCGUUCUAAAGAAGCUUGUUGAACAGAUCUCUUCACAAUCUUCGGGCCUCGCAGAGUCGCAUGGUACUGUUGCUGUGCUAGAUCUAAGUGGACUUUGCAUGACGCUACCGGACGUUGUUACCUUUGCCGACUGGCUUGCUCUUGUUCCCGUCCGCAAACUAAUAUUACAAAAUUGUGGCCUCACUGAUGAAGCGAUACGGGUUAUCCUUUCUGGAUUGUUGUCCACAAGAACUCUCGAAGAAUCAAGGUUACGAAGACAUUGCAAGAAGCUCGGUGGCCAUGUAUCCCGCAGUGGGGAGAGAACUGGUGUAAUCGAAAAGUUGUCUUUAAAGGGUAAUCCCAAGAUCGGUAACGAUGGAUGGCGGCACAUCGCGCUUUUCAUUCAUAUGUCAAGAUCCCUCAUCGGCAUCGAUCUAUCAGGAAUUCCCUUCCCGCAGGCUCCGGUUCCCGCGAACAGGCCAACUAGCCCCUUGUCAAAACCCAGCAAUCCAACGGUGGAAGUAUCUACGGUUUUCGCGAAGGCGUUAACUGAGCGGCUUGCGGGAAACCACUUGGAAGAGCUAGUAAUCAGUGAAUGUUAUCCGUCUACUGAAGAUCUUUCCAAAAUUUGCGAUGCGGCGACGACUGUCGAACUCCGAAGAUUGGGAGUCGCAAACAACAACUUGAUAGCGGAAGGAUUGGGACAUGUCAUACGCUAUUUGCAGGCUGGUUUCUGCGAGGGACUUGAUUUGGGAGGAAACAAUCUCGGAGACCAUCUGGGAUCGUUGUCGUCGGCGAUUCACAAGAUGAAAGACCAUCCACUCUGUGCUUUAAGCCUGGCAGAUUGUUCUUUAACACCAAAGCCUCUAUAUUCCCUUCUCCAAGCACUAGCGGGGUUGCCAAAUUUCCGAUUUAUUGACCUUUCCCAUAAUCCGAACCUGUUUGCAAAUCAGCCAGACUCGCUUGCAAUGUUACGACACUAUCUUCCACAAAUGGCUGAAUUGAAGAGAAUACACUUGGCGGACGUCAGCCUCUCUCCAGAUCAUGCCAUUGCUCUUGCGGAAAUAUUACCUGAUUGCAAUCGGCUAUGUCAUAUCAAUAUUUUAGAGAAUCCCGCCAUUGCCGCCUUGGCCGCAGCCAAGGACGCCCCUGCCCAGGAAGAGGCUUGCGCAUUAUAUGCAUCAUUGAUGACAGCGGUCCGCGUCUCACAUACCCUCAUCGCAAUAGAUAUUGACGUGCCGGCUGCAGACAACAAUGAAAUUGUCAAGGCCCUAGCAGCCCAAAUUGUAGCCUAUUCUCUUCGCAACCUCGAGCGUGGUGAACUUGUGAAGGAACUUUCUGACGGCACAACUAUGGAAGAACACCCCGUCCCCGUUCCAGAUAUCAUCAGGCACAUUGUUGGAAACGUGGAUGAUGAGGGAAAUGAUCCGGCGAAACUAGCUCCUGAUGAGGAUUAUGUUAUUGGCGGUACCGGGCUGGUAAAGGCUCUAGGAGUCUGCCUUGGUAAUGCCAACCACCAUUCUCUGGAGGGUAUGGGCGAUAUAACCCCACCUCCCAGCGGCAUGUCUAGCCCACUCCAUCGCACAAGCAGCGUUGGAAACAAAAAGCCGCGGGACAUGUCGAAGAACCUCUUAAAUUCUGCCCGGAGAAUCCGUGUUCGAUUGCAACCGGUUCUUGUUCGAGAGGACAGGGCCGGCAAUGAAUCGAAGUAUCGACGACUUCAAUUUCUCGAUUUUACCCUGCAAAGGGUAAUCCAACGCUUCGAAGAUGAAUUCCCAGAUACACGCCUUUCUGCCCAAUUAGAUCCCACCAGAAGUUCACUUCCUCAACGGACUCCGUCCCACUCAUCCGUGGGCGAUUAUGGAGAACAGUCUAAACUAGACCAUUCCGCAAUUCUUGCCCCAACCAACCUAAGCCAGAGCCCAGAUAAUGAUCAAUAUCCAGACACAGCCAUCGACGAUGAAGAGGCGGAUCGUUACUCCAUUCGUUUAUCUCGCACGAGCUCAAACACAUCCCUACACUCGAAAGCCCUCACCUCAGAGGAAGGCAGAGUUCACCGCUUCCAACAACAUAUCAGCAGGGAUAUCAUUUGCACUGACCUCGAAGUUGAGGCGGAUAACCCCUCCCAAGGCCCGGACGAGGCGCGAAUUAACGCCUUGCGUAAAAAGCUCGAGCGUCUCCGGAGUUCUGAAAUGCGGUCUCGCAUCGAGCUUGUAGGGCCUGAUAAAGCGCUCGAAGAGCUAGGGGCGAAUAUAGAAGAGUUACUUGCGCUUCGCGAACAAGAUCCGGAGUCUUUUGAAACCUUUAAGGCUAGCCAGAUAGCGGCACAGAUUAAUGCGGGGUUGGUAGGGACGGGAUGA